GCCGGGGCGGCGGGGCGGCGGGGCGGGCAGGAUGCUGAGCCGCCUGCAGGAGCUGCGCAAGGAGGAGGAGACGCUGCUGCGGGUGAAGGCGGCGCUGCACGACCAGCUCACCCGCCUCAAGGUGGAAGAGCUGGCGCUGCAGUCGAUGAUCAGGUCCAGGGAGGAGGACGCGGCCGUCCCGGCGGCAGCCGCUGCGGACAGCCAGGAGACUCUUGGGCAGAUGGACAAUGAGGCUGCUAUCAAUCAAACUGAAUUACAGCUAAGUCUUCAAGAUCAUGAAGAGGAAGAAGAAGAGGAGGAGGAAUCAGAUUCUUGAGAGAAAAAAUAGUCAAGGAUGGUUUUUAAUACAGACUCAGGAAUUUCUUCUUCAUUCAUAUAAAAUUUGCCAGCAGAUUUUCAUGUUCUCCCAUGUAUGGAUACAAUCCGUAUGAUAUGCAAGACUCGGGGAGUCUGGGGAAGUAUACCCUUGCCCAUAUACUCAUACCCAUAUGAGUAUCAGAAGCUUGGCAAUUUUGAAUUAGAUGUUAAAAGAAGGAAAAUUUGCUGCACAGAUAUGUAGCAUAACCCAUUUUGUGUUUAAAACCUAAUGUGUAGCUUAUUACAUCUUUAUAUGUGGAUGGGAAAAGUCAUUAAUCAAGUCAGACUAAUUUAACACAGUAAAAGCAAUAAUUUGUCUGUUCUAAUUUCCAGUUGCUGAAAUAUAAAACCAGGCCAUGGAGGCUGAGUUGUAAACCAAUGAUUCUAUUAUAACCUCAUCUGCUUUAGCUGGGAAUUUUAAGAUAUGCAGUGAGCACAGGUGUGUCCAGGAUCAUCUCCAGGCGUUCAGCUGCUAGGUUCUCAGUUACACAGACCACCAGACGUACACUUCCUAGAAAUGUGACUGAUAGAUGUAGGUGUUCUUACACUGGGAGAAGCAGAUAUUGCACUGUUGACCUCAUUUUAAGUGCAGUAGCAAGGGAGCCGCUCUUUGUCCCUACUGGUGCUGUUCUUAUGUACUGUCAGUCUGACUGAAACAGUGAAGUAUUUUCUACUUGCUCUUUCAGCGUAGCAGCUAAUUGGCCUUCUAUUGUUACACAAAGUGUAUGGUAAUAAUUAGUCCAUGUUACUUUUAAUAAAAAACUAAUAUUUUUAAUUAGUUUUUUCUUUUUCCCUCAUGGCAACUUCAUGGAUCAGUGUAAGUCCACUUUCCGCUUUCAAGGUAUCUUCGAAGAGUAGGAGGAGUUUACUAAUUUACUUGUAAAAUGGAAAGGGACAUGAAGCCUCCUCCACAAUUUCUUUAAUGGUACAGUAACAAGCUAGUGCUGCUCCUACCAGUAACAGGAUGUUCUUUCUCCUUGUGGAACGCAGACACCAUGUACAAUUAUUUUAUCAUUUCUUGAAGACUUGUUUUGAUGCACACAAACGCCAUUAAACUGAUUAAAAGCAAAUAAAAGUAAUGUUCUAAUUCAGAUACUUUGUCAAACUGUCUUACUAAGAAACUAGUCAGUUACAACAAUCCAGGUGUGUUUGUUGUGCAGCUAGUAGCUAAAGGUGCUACUGCUGUCUCUGGUAUUUGGUAUUAGUAGCUCAGACAAAUAGUCUUCUCAAGUUUGCUUUUAAGAGUGGGAAAAGUACUUGGAAAAGUGUCCAGUAUCCUGGGUGUGGUCAGAACACUUGAUUCAGCCACCAAUAACUUCCUGCCACUGUUUGAAGAGAGAUUAUUCGGCUCUUAUCUGGCUUGUAGCUAUAGGAACUGACCCUUAGAAUGUAAACGUAGCUUCAUCCUGUACUAAAGACUAAUUGUUUAUUUGAGAAGCCUGGAUGUCCUAAUGAAAGAGCUUAGAACACCAGCGCAAAACACUUGGCAAAGCCUUCCCAAGGCUUGCAGGGAGAAAAAAAGUCUGAGCAGAUGUUGUGGCUCAGAGUGACACUUCCUUGGAAGUAUUAUGCAAAGAGUUGGUUUAAAAAGGGCUUAGUAGACAUCCUCUCCUUCCUUUGCAUUAGUGCUUGAUCUGCUUUGGGCACUGCACUUGGUUCCUUGUCUCCAUCUUACAACAGGUGCACCUGCCUCAUGCUUUCCUUCUGCAAAACCAUUUCUGGAAGGGUUGUUCCAGGAUUUCACUACCAGAGGCUCAUUUUGACCUUUGAAAAAAAUGUAUUUGUCUUCAGCAUGUUACAGACUAGUUUUCAGGGCUAUACUUGAUCUCCUUUCUUCCCUCUACCUUUUGUGAGCCCGUGCCUUUUGGAUUGGAUAUUGGAUUAAAACAGACAAACUAGUUUGCAAUAAAGUACUUCUGCUGUUGUCCUACUCCGUA